AUGGAUAAUCCUUUGUUUGGUGGGUCUUGGGGUCGAGUCCCUGAAAGGCGAUCUUAUCAAAGGCCGCAUUACUAUCAUCCAAACCCUUACGCUACAAAUUCGUUCGCCCCUCCAGUAAAAUCGGAGAGCACGCCCAAGGUAAAGGCCAAGAAGGUCAUCUCAAUUCCAAUCAAUUUCGUCGAUUCUGAGACACCCAAAUCCAGAAAGGCACCCGCCAUGGACGAAAAUACAGCGGCUUUUAAAAUUCAAUCGGCUUUCCUAGGGUUUUGUGUGAGGAAGUCAAGUCAUCUGAACAAAUUGAGGGUUAUAAUGAAAACCAAGGCAGAGGCUGCAGAAAUUCGGAGGCGUGUGAAUGACGAACAUGUUGCAGAGUUGAUAAGACGAGCUGAGAAGGAGCGGGUGAAAAUGACGGAGUGCAUCAUGUCUCUACUGCUCAGGCUCGACGAAAUUCAGGGAGUGAUUCCUUUUGUGCGGGAAUCAAGAAAGGCUGUGAUUCCCAAAUCCAGGCAAGAUGCUGCUACAGAAGUUUCAGUAACUUCUGAACCGUUAGUGGAGGGGUGCACCACUGUCGAAGAAAAUGGAUCUGCAAGGUUCUUGGAGGAGAAUCCUUAUGAGGAAUUCAAGAGAAAGGAGUUGUCAGGGGGAACAAUUGAGGUCUCUGUGAGUAGUGAAAAAGCAUUAGCAGAGGAGUCUUUGCCUUCUCCAAUGCGAGAUUUGCAAAUUGAGGGUUCCCCUGAAGAAGACAAUAAUAACAUUGGAGUAGAAGAUUUUGAACAAAGCUCUUCUGAAGCUGGAAAAGUAGUGUCUGGCACAAUGGUUGAUGUUGUUGAUAAAGAUGCAGAGAAUUUGAAAAGAAAAAAAGUUGAAAGCCUACUCUUGGAGGCUGAUCCAUCACCUGCAAUCCCUUGCACAGAGGAAGGUGUUCAAUUAGGAAAUUCAAGGGAUGAUGAAGAAGCAGGGGAUAAGAUGAGAGAGCAAGUAAAGCCCAUUGAAGAUAUUGGCUUGGUAAGAGAAGAGAAUGAGAAAUUAAUGAGGAGUGUAUCUGAUCUGUUGAAGAAAAGUGAGAAACAGAGUGAGAUUAUUCAUGAUCUGAGUCUGCGAGUUUCACAGUUGGAAGAGCAAGUAUCUCAGUGCAACAAAAAGAAAAAGGUUGGGGAUGGAAUGAAGAAAAGUGGUAGAUCUACAAAGGACAGGAGAAGAAAAUCUGACAGAUACUGCUUUAAGGAGGAUUGGUUUUGA